UAGAGGUGACACAGAGAGAAGACAAAACGGUAUUCGAUGGUGUAAGACUUCUGACGAAGGAAGAACCUCGAAGGAACAAGGUAGCACGAUCAGUAGUGUUCAAACGGUUCGUGCGAAGAAGACCACGAUACGACGAAAAAUGUUCGUUAAGAAAUCUUUGUCAUUGCGAUCGAUCGCAAUUAUAACGAUACUGUCGAUAAAAAUUAUUUCGUUAGAAGCUAAACGACCGCGCGGACCUAUUGAGGAAGCUAUACAGAACGGUGCAGUGAACGAUUAUAUACAAGAGGAUUGCAUUUGGAGACGUGGAAACGACAGAGACUCCUGUCCGGAUCCUGAAGUUCGUGUUUAUUUGUAUACUCCUGGAAAUAAUCGUAGAGAAUUAGAUUCGAGGGAAUCCGAUUGGCUUAGACACGAUUACGAUACUACGAGGGAGAAUAUCAUUCUUAUUCAUGGCUAUGCAGGUGGCGAUAAUACAUUACCAAUUGCGGUGCUACGUGAUGCCUAUUUACGGAAUGGUAGUUACAACGUCUUCCUGGUAGAUUGGGGUGCAUUAGCCGCGGCACCUUGUUAUCCAGCAGCGGUAUCGAAUCUUCAUCCAGUCGCUCGUUGCUUAUCAAGGACUCUGACGACUCUAAGAAACCUCGGUUUACCUAUUCAUCGAACAACGUGCGUGGGACAUUCCUUAGGAGCUCAUAUAUGUGGUAUCAUAGCAAAUUACCUUCUAUUUCGAAUGAAUCGAAUAAUUGGCUUGGAUCCGGCCAAACCACUUAUUCGUCCAGGUCGAGUAAAUCGAUUGGAUAGUGGCGAUGCUGAUUUCGUUGAAGUGAUGCAUACAAAUGCUGGUUAUUAUGGCGAAUCCAUUCGUAUGGGUCAUGCUGAUUUCUGCAUAAACGGUGGCAAAAUUCAACCAUUUUGCGAGGGUAGAUCGAACGAUCAGCUUUGCAGUCACGUUUGGGCGGUAUGUUUUAUGGCACUUAGUCUUGACAACGACGGUCGAAAUACGAUAGCCGAAUCGUGCUCACGUAGAUGUCCUUCCGGCCCAAAAAUCGCACAAAGAGCUGGCGUCUACGUUCCGAUGGGACAUCACACGCCUAGUGAGAUUAGGGGUUCGUUCUGUUUUAACAGUAUACUACCACCGUAUUGUCCGAGAUAUCAUAAUGGUCAUGGGGAUGAUAGGUGUUGCUUACCAGGUGAUAUGAAUACUGAUUUAUCGUUUAAAAAAAAAAAUAAUGCGUCUGUUAAGUCGUAAUAGGUUUCCUGAAUUUUACAAACGAGGAUGGUUCGUACCAUUGGGUAUAUUUGGGUUUUAAACGUUAACUCAUAUUUCUAUUACGGAACAGGUAUGCACAUUGCACGCAUACAUACACACACAUAUAUACAUAGUAUAUAUUUCACGUUAAUAUAUAUGAAUUUUUAAACGUAUCUGCUCAUCUGUUAGGGAAAAUUGUAAAUUAUGUAUAAAAUAAUUUUAUAAUGUAACGUAUAUUCGUGAUAGAUGUAAUGUACAGAGUGUUUAUUAAAUAUUUAUAUCGUUUCCAAAUAA